CAUGUAUUGAUAUUGUAUUAUUUUUAGUUUUUAAAUUACUGUGUUUGAGCUGUGUUAGGUGUGUUAGAGAGAGUUAUGUGUGUUAGGUAAGUUUCUGGCCUGCUGAGUGUAAUGGAAUGUUAGAAUGGCCAUCCAUCCUGCAUGUUCAAUAAUAGAUGAGACAGAGGUAUCAUCUCGUCAUCCUAGAGCCUGUCUGUCCUCUCUACUCUACUGCAUUCCUACAGGUGGAGGGGGGGUCUGUGAAUAAUUCAAGCCAAAUCAGUUUACACAGACUCUUAUCGGCUCGCUCAGUUUCUCACUGCCUGUGAGCUCUAACAGGGCACUCUGCGCUUUCAGGAUUUUAUUCUGCUCUGUUUUUUUUAUUAUUCUGCUCACAUUUUUCUUCAUUUUGUUUCCUCAAAAAGGAUACAGCGCUGGUCACUGAAACAUCAUGGCACCAUGGUACGCAGACUGUUAGGGUCGCCCAGUUUCUCCUUAGGUCUUCUUCUGCUUCCACUCCUCCUCCACGGUUUAGAGAUCUUGGAUCCAGGGCAAGUGGUGUACAAAGAAACCAGGACCAAUGGAGUGGUGGACAAAGGAGUGAUUCUGGAAUGUGGCACCACCCUCCCUGAUGUCUACAUAUGGGGCUUCACCAGACUGGGCACUGAUACGAUUCGAGCUGUGGUGUAUAACUUCGGCAAGGGGCCAAAGCUUCAGCAGCUGGCCAAAGAUUUGGGGGACCUGAACGUGAUCUCAAACAGCGCAUCUCUCUCCAUACAGAAGCUUCCUCUAGCUGCAGAGGGCCUGUUCACCUGCCAGGCUCUGUACGACACUCCCGAGGGAGCCAGAUUCCACUACUACUAUGUGUAUCUGCGUGUUUUAGUGCCUGUGUCUAAGCCCUAUGUGCUACUGAGUGACACCGCACCUGUGGAAGGUGCAUCAGUGUGGAUGCGCUGUGGUCUGGAGAAUGGAACAGGGCCUGUUAACUACAUAUGGGAGCAGGAGAGCCGCAGUGGGUUGUUGACCACACUGAUUGAAACCAAUCAUAGCCUGGUCAAUGUAACCUGGGUCACCCGUAACCACACAGGCUGGCUCAGGUGUCUGGCAAGGAACGAGGUCAACCAGCAGCGCAGUGACCGUAUCUGGUUAGAUGUCAUAUAUGGUCCAGACCUGCCUCAGAUUGAUGUCUCACCGUACUCAGUGACUGAGCGAGGCUACUCAGCCCUGGAGAAAGAGACUGUUUCCCUCAUGUGUCAAGCCUCCUCGAACCCUGCCAGUCAGUAUGUGUGGUUCUACAACAAUUCCCAGGUCUACACUGGACCACAGCUCACCAUCACCAAGAUACUUCGAAUGCACACAGGCAACUACGCCUGCCUGGCCCAGAACACUUACCUCAACACCCGCUCCAAGAAAAGCAUCACCCUCACCGUCUACUAUCCACCGGAUGGUGCUCCAUAUUGUUCCAUCCUCCCAGCUAAUAACUACAAUGACCUGGCCCUCUUCUGUUCAUGGGAGGGGGGUUACCCUGCAGCUACCCUCAACUGGAGCCCAUACACACAAGGAGGCAACAACCAGGGAACCAACAACAUCACCUGGAUUCAGCCAGGACCCGAGACCACUAAUAACUCUGUGUUCACCUGCUACGGCUCACAUAUCACAUCAAAAGUUUCCCAGAGCUGUAGCACCAAGACAUGGCUGCCCUAUGGAGAACCCCAGUGUUCUGCAUAUGCCACACGCAAUAAUGAGUACCUGAUGCUCUCCUGCUCCUGGGAGGGUGGGUUUCCUCUGGCUCUGCUCUGGUGGGCCUCCAGUUCUGGGGACAUCCAGGGAACAUCUGAGGAGAACUCCAACAUCCUGAUCCUGCGCUCCAGUGCCGACUACAGUGGAAAAGCGUUUGUGUGUCAUGCCAAACAUCCACUAAUUAAAGAAAGCAAGACGUGUGUGUUAAAAUUGGAGGCUCCAGUCCUGAUGACGCAGCGCAGCGUGGUCUCUGUGUAUGAGGGCAGUGAUGUUCAGCUCACCUGCAUUCUGAGCAAGAACUAUCCAGCAGUGGCUGAGAUCACUUGGUUCAACAAUAUGAAGCAGAGAGUGGAUGAAAGCGACACGCCCAAAAAGUACAUCCUUCAGCAAGCUGCAGCCUGGUCUAACCUGACCGUGCGGGAGACAGACGGCUCGGUGGACGGUGGUCAGUACUGGUGUUCAGCUACCAACGCUGUGGGAGGAGCAGAGAUCCCCAUCCUACUGGUUGUGAUGAGAAACCCAAUGCCUCCAAAUGUGAGCAUCAGUAAGAUCGCAUACAGCAGUCGUCGUCGUACAGCAGUGAGUGUGGAGUGGCUGAUCCAGACAGAUGGAGAUAUCACUGGCUUCUUCAUUGAGCAGCAAAACCUUCAACUUCCUCUAUGGCAGAAAGUGGUUUCAGGUCUGGAGUCUAACACCCGCAGCCACCUGAUCACUGGCCUGGAUCCCUUUGGCAAAUAUGCUUUUCGCAUCACAGCUGUCAAUCAACGAACCAUUGGAUAUCCCUCAGGGAUCAAGAGUCCAGCUCUCCCAGGCCUUAACGCCGUUCCCGCCGUAAUUGGAGCCGCCAUUGGAGGAAUGCUUGUUGCAGCAAUAGCUACUAUACUGCUCUUCAUGUAUGUGGUGAGGAACCGCAACAACAUGCCGCGACUUCAUGAUUUGAUAUUUGGCAGACAGAACAGCCAGUCCAGAGAAAACAUCAACGACCCUGAGGAUGAGUUUGUUGGAGCAGCAGAAGCUGGAGAAGGAGGAGGAGGAGGAGGAGAUAUAGAAGAGAUCCCCACUCCUAGUCCAGGACCAUCUAUACCACGACCCAGCCCAACACCGACAAACCUGCCCCCCGGAGAUGAACCAGUUAACGUCACCAUCACCGUCAUGGCCUCCAGCUAGAGUUCACCACGCAGCACACUAGUCACCUGUUUAUCUGACUUUAUGAGAAUUUAUGAUUUUGCACAAACAAGAAAAAUUACUAUAAAGACUAGUUUUGUACUAAAAGUAGCUUAAAGGAGCCAUUUAGAGUCACGUUUACUGGCUGAUCAGAAAGCCACUCUAACACUAAUUCAUCACAGAAAUAAGCACAAAUCUAUAAAAUCACUGGUUUUAGCUCUCACUACAGCGCUAAUGUGUUUGUUUAAAUUCAUUUUGUUUCUCGGAUUGGUUAUAUUGUGUAAAUGAUAGUAAUUUGUUGACAAUUAAGCAUUUGUAAUCAAUAAAAUUACAUUAUUU